GCUCUUCCCCCCAAACAGCAGGGUAUAAAUGUAAAGAUUUUUUGAGAUUCUUUGUAAAUAUGAGGUUUUUGUGCUAGGAAAAUGCUAGAAUUUAGUAGCUUUUUAGAUAACGAAGGCGAUAUGAGCAAGACCAGCUUCUCCGUAUUUGUCGCCAUUUUAUACAUAAAAGUUUUAUAUAUUUUAGCUGUUACUUUAUAUGUGUUGUCAGAUUAUAACGAUUUCUCCGAUUCAGCCUAAAUCAAAACUACCGGGCAUGUUUUGCAUUAAAGAUUUGUCUUCAUUGAAUGAGGAUUGGGUACCAUAUCCUGGGGAUGGAGCCGAAGCGGCCAGAAUUUCCAACGAAAAUUUGAGGCAGUUGAAAUCGCACGACGUUCUCGCAGUUGGCUUUUUGUACCAAGCCUAUAAGAACGAGCUGCAAGGAGUGGUCCUUAAUGAAGAUACUGGUAUUAAUACAAAGCUCCAAACCGCCGUUUUCCUUAAGUCUCUGGCUAGUUCCAUGGAUGAAGUAUUUUGGGCAUUGGUCAUAUCGCCUGAGAAAUUCCUCCCGUAUUGGCACUACCACUUGACAGUGCAAGGCAAAUUUAAAGUUAAAGUUUUUACUCCACAAACUUUUAUUCAGGACUUUUUCGAAGAAUCAAAUUUGGUUAUUUUGGCGAGCUUCAGCAACUUGAAAUUGAUAGAGCACUUGAAAGAGUAUUGCUUUUCGGUCGUCAUCGUGGACGAGUUGGAUACAGUCAUUACCAAAUUGAUCGUCAAGAAAUUGAGAGGCAAUUUUAACAUCGGACUGACCAGGAGAAAUUUUUAUAUCUACCCGGACCAAAAGCUACACUGGAACCUUCUCAAUUGGUCGAAUCCGGGCUGCGUCGGCAAGCUGUCCGAGUUCUAUAGCGCGGACAAUGACAACUUUGCGAACUUCGGCAAUCGCUACCGGCGUUGGUGGUUUCGUCUCACCUGGAACUUUUGCGACCCGUUGGUGCCCGAUACACCGGACGAAAUCGAGACUUACAGAAAAACGGUAAAAGAUUGGGCCCUCUCGAACGGUAUAUCGGGCGAUGUUCAACGCGUAAAGUCGAAGAAAAAGGUUCGGAAGCCCGGACAAAAUCGAAGCGGCGGCGAGCAAGACGGCACAUCGACGACCGAAGGAGUUCGCGAUAUGGAGGCUCGAAUAUGUGACGCACGUCGCCAAGGUGGUGAAAUUCAGGAAGACAGUGGCGAUUCUAGCGAUACCACCGUAAUAUACGAGGCGGACAAGGACUGGAAGUUCGGAAAUACUGCGGGAACGAUGUCCGACGCUCGGGCAUCAGAGUCGAGCAAAGCAGGAAGAGUCGAGGCCGUUACACUAGAAACUGAAGAAGACUCUGACGAUAUAUUGAAAACUUUUGCUAAUAGUCGCGGCAGAGCUAACGCAACAAGAGACCGUUCAGUGGAACGGACCUGUGAUGUGGUGGUGACCGAAGCGGAUGAUUUCAUUAAUUCCUUGGUAUGCGGUAAAUCGAGUGCAUCGACGAAAUCGGCAAAACUCGAUUAUGAAAACGCGGAUAGAAUUCUAAUGGAGGCGGACAAACUACUCCAUAGUUGAAGGUAACGUUUAUAUGGGGGUAGGGCAAACAUUGGUACAUCAGAUUUCACCGAUUUUGAAAAGUGACUUUUAGGUUACUUUGGGUUAGGUUAGGUUAAAGCAAAAAAAAAAAACACUUAAAACCUGUUU